AUGGCCGAAUUGCGCGAGUACAAGCUCAUGCUGCUAGGCGACGGCGGUGUUGGCAAGUCGAGCCUCAUCGUUCGAUACACCCACAAGAUGUUUGUUGAAGAGCUCGAUCCGACUAUCGAGGACAGCUAUCGCAAGUCCGUGAUCAUCGACGAUGAGGCAGGCCUCAUCGACGUGCUUGACACAGCACCCCAAGAGCACCUGAGCGCAAGGAACGAUCGCCCUCUCCGCCUGCACCAAGGCUUUCUCCUUCUCUACGAUAUCACUAGGCGCAGGUCGUUCGAGGAGCUGGCCAGCAUCCGCGCCAACGUUCAAAGAGCCAGGAGCGAGCCGCACUUUCCUCUCGUCAUUGUCGGUACAAAGUGCGAUCUUGACGAGCUCCGAGUCGUCGACGCUGCCGAAGCCGCCACACUUGCGGAAGAGUGGGGCGCCGGGUUCAUCGAGACCUCGUCCAAGUCUGGCGUCAACGUUGAUCUUGCCUUUGCGGAAGCCGUCCGCGCCAUCCGCAACACCGACAGCCUCAAAGCUGGACAGUCCAAGAAGAGCAGCAAGUGCUUAACCAUGUAA